UGAGCAAGCAUGCAUGGAUGCAUGCAUUGCGGCGGAAGAAUAAGAUGGCUGAGAAACACGUUUUUCCAGUUUUUCUGGGGGCACCGUGGAACAACAGCCCAAGUGGCUUGUGUCUCUUUUACCAUUAGAGUGGUAAAACGAGACAAAGACACGGUUUCCCAGUCUCUCUACAGCCUCACCUGAACACUCAAAAAGGCUCUAGGCACUAGAGAGAACGCGUUCCCCGUUCCACCCGGUCUCAUCCUCCUCCUUCUUUUCCCAUAGCGCGGUUCUCAGUGCAACCUUUAUUGGCGGCCUUCUCCUCCCGCCUUCUCCAUUCUCACUGAACAUGACCUUUUGUGACAUGGGAAUAGCUAAUUUCUAGUUCUUGUGUUGUUUUUGUUCGGCAAGUGUGAAGCAGGACCAUCAUCUGACAGGUGUGAUGAAGCCUGUGGCAUUCCUAUAAAAUGCUUUGGAAUCCAUUGCGAUCAAGAGUGUUCUGGGUGCCUUACUACCGAAUAGUCAUGACUUCUCCGAUCCAAAACCGACGUCUUCAUAGCUAUGAUGAGGCCAUCAUCGCUCUGAACUCUCUGCAAAGCAAUGUCAGUACCAUUCGCCAAAGUUUGGCUGAGCGGCAGAAGAAUGCGCAAACCAAUUUGCCCCGAACGGUGGCCUUCUUGGAAAAAUCGGGCAUGACUAUGGACGACAUGAGACAGAUCAAGUUCGUUCAUGUGAGUGGAACCAAAGGCAAAGGGUCCACAUGUGCCUUCCUUGAGUCGAUCUUGCGCAAACAUGGUCUGAAAACGGGCUUUUUCUCAUCACCGCAUUUGGUGACGGCCACAGAACGCAUCCGAUUGAAUGGUGUGCCCAUCAGUCAGGAGAAGUUCACGCCUUACUUCUGGUCUGUGUUUGACAGGUUGUGUGGUCCCAAUGAGGUGGAACGACCACCCUACUUUAUGUUCAUGACGCUCUUGGCGUUCCACGUGUUCUGGAAGGAGAACGUCGAUGUGGCUAUUAUGGAGGUGGGCAUUGGCGGCUCUUACGAUUGUACUAAUGUCAUUCCCACGCCAUUGGUUUGUGGUAUCACGGCCUUAGGCAUCGAUCAUACCUCCAUGUUGGGCAAUACGAUCGAAGAAAUCGCUUGGCACAAGGCUGGGAUCAUGAAACCCGGCGCUCUGACCUUUGUUGACUCCAAUCAACCCCCUGCAGCUCUCCAUGUCAUCAAAACCGAGGCACAUCGCGUAGGUGCUCAAGCUUGGGUGGUUCCACAACUCGACGACUACGAUUGGGGCUCUUUCCCGGCCAAAAAGUUGGGUUUGUUUGGCACCAUCCAGGAAAGGAACGCUUCCAUAGCGCUGCAGAUGUCCCGAGCGUUUCUGCAAGCCGCCAAGGGGUGGGAAGUGCCUGCCACGGUAAGGGACGGUGACCUUGAAGUGGCCCAACCGUAUCCCUUGAGCGUCGAGGAUGCAUUGGGAUUGCGCCUUUGUUUUUGGCCGGGACGCUCUCAAACCUUGAUCUUUGACGACGUGGUGUUCAUGCUGGAUGGCGCCCACACCAAGGAGAGUAUGCAAGCUUGCAAAGCUUGGUUCGAGCAUGAAUCGCCUAACCAGAUGAACCGUCUUGAUCCGAGCAAUGCAGGUCGAGAUCGCGUUUUUAAGGUUCUUCUAUUCAACUCGACGGGUGAUCAUUCAUUUGAGGAAAUGCUCUUCAUUCUCUCCACACUCGACUUCGACAUGGUGGUGUUCUGUACCAAUUCCGCUUCGAAGAAGAUGGCUGAUAACAUCAACCAUAUGUCCACUAUGACCGAUCGAUUGGAACGCUGUCGUCUUCACAAGGCCAUCUGGGAUUUGAUGAACCCCCAUGUUCCUAGUCUGAUCAUUCCCUUCCUGGACAACGCUUUGGUUUGGAUUACCCAAUGUCACGGUGAUUUGAGACGAUUGUGUUGCCACAGUGGGAACGGUUUGGAAGAAUGUAAUGGAAGUAAAUAUUCCGAGGUCCAUCUCAAGGGCGUACAGAAGCUACUUGGAGAUGGCUCACCUUGCCCUGAGAAACUCACCCAGGCAAGUCAGGUGCAAGUGUUGGCCACUGGAUCCCUUCAUCUGAUUGGAGGAGUCUUGGAGAUAGCUAAUCCCGAUAUCUCUAUGAUGAGCGAACAGGAGAAAGAGCAGCAACAAGCCGUUGAAGACGAGUACGUCUCUCUCGGUGGGAACAGAUCGGCUGUCUCUUCAUAGAAGGAAGAUAGGAGCAAUAUGAUUCGACUACGCACACGUGAGAGUUGAAUGAUUGGGCGUUCUGUGGUGUUUAAUUCAAGAUUUUACAUAUAUUUCAUAGCAAAUCAUGGAAAAAUACAACUCUUUUAAUCCAAAA